AUAGACACCAGGAUGGCAGCUGAAGGGGCCACUGAAGGGGCCACAGAGAAGAGGGCCAACUUGGUGGCAUCUAAAGUCAUGUGGAGUAACAGGGAUGACAUACCUAUGUCAGCACCAGAACAGUCACAUGGCAGUGACAGAGCUGGUAAGACCUCUUUCCUAUAGUCUAUUGUUCUGCAGAUUGCAGAUGUUCAACUAGAGGAAUAAGAAACUGUUUAGAAAACUGUGUGAUAUUGGAGACCGUAGAUUACAUUUUUGUAACUGUCUAGAAUCUCUAUAUCUAUGUAUUUGACUCAGACCUUGACAGAAAAUACCAGCUUUUCAAAUACUAAUUGUAGUUGAAUAUAGUUUAUAUAGAGCUUAAAGUAAAGGCAACUAUUUUCUUUGAUAUUCAAAUACAGGUCUCAGAAAAACAAAUAAUAUUUGAACGUUUUUUGAAUACUUCUCUGAAAACCCAAUAAUAUUUGAAGUUAUUAGAAUAUAUGCAAGUUAUUUUAUAAAUACAAAUUAUUUAUUUGAUGGCUGUCAAAUAUUUCAAGAAGAACCAAAAACUACAGUUAGUUGAAUUAGUCUAAAUAUAUGAUCAUAACCACAUGUUUUGGAGGGCUCUUAGAUAGGAAUCUUAAUAUGGCCUAUAGCCUAUUGCCUAGAAUUAAAUUAAUGAGGGAGAUGGAAUCACCUCAACAUUACAGUAGACCACUUUUGCAGCUUCAAAAUGACUAAUACAUAUAUUUUCAUAAUGAGUGAGACAUAAGGUAAUACAAUUACACUUGACAUAAAGUUCUUAUACAAGUGUAGUGACUUUGAGAUCAGGGCCUGCCACACUGCAGGUUAGGAUUGUCCAGGAAUGGUUCCACGAACAUGACAGUGAAUUCAGCUUACUUCAGUGGCCUGCCCAGUCACCAGAUCUCAAUCCAAUUGAGCUUUUGUGGGAUGAGAGGGAACGAGCUAUUCAGAGUAGAGAUCCACUACCAGCCAACUUGACACAACUGUGAGAAACACUGGAGUCAACAUGGGCUAACAUCCCUGUUUAAUGCUUUCGACACCUUGUAGAGUCCAUGCCCCAACAAAUUGAGGCUGUUUUGAGGGUAAAAUUAGGUGCAACUCAAUAUUAGAAAGGUGUUCCUAAUGUUUUGUACACUCAGUGUAUAUACACAGUGAAGUCAAAGAACCUUGAGGGUUCUAUCCCUACCCCAGAGUGCAAUGGGAAUGUUAGAAAACAACCGCUAACAAAUGCUAACAGAAGCAAACCGGAUGGACAUCAUGAAAAUGAUCGGAGAGGUUGAGAGUAGAUAUAAGUAGGUAUAAGCUGGAGGUAGAGGCCUAAGCAUUGUUGUUCACUAGUUUACUCCAAGUAGGGAAAGGGUGGCGGGGUUGGAAAGUAAUAAAGGGGAAUAUAUAUAUAUUUUUAAAGGAUAUGUAUGUGUAUGUAUGUGUGUGUGUAUGUGUGUGUAUAUAUAUAUAUAUAUAUAUAUAUAUAUAUAUAUAUAUAUAUAUAUAUGUAUAUGUAUGUGUAUGUACAGUGGGGAGAACAAGUAUUUGAUACACUGACGAUUUUGCAGGUUUUCCUACUUACAAAGCAUGUAGAGGUCUGUAAUUUUUAUCAUAGGUACACUUCAACUGUGAGAGACGGAAUCUAAAACAAAAAUCCAGAAAAUCACAUUGUAUGAUUUUUAAGUAAUUAAUUUGCAUUUUAUUGCAUGACAUAAGUAUUUGCUACAUCAGAAAAGCAGAAUUUAAUAUUUGGUACAGAAACCUUUGUUUGCAAUUACAGAGAUCAUACGUUUCCUGUAGGUCUUGACCAGGUUUGCACACACUGCAGCAGGGAUUUUGGCCCACUCCUCCAUACAGACCUUCUCCAGAUCCUUCAGGUUUCGGGGCUGUCGCUGGGCAAUACGGACUUUCAGCUCCCUCCAAAGAUUUUCUAUUGGGUUUAGGUCUGGAGACUGGCUAGGCCACUCCAGGACCUUGAGAUGCUUCUUACGGAGCCACUCCUUAGUUGCCCUGGCUGUGUGUUUCGGGUCGUUGUCAUGCUGGAAGACCCAGCCACGACCCAUCUUCAAUGCUCUUACUGAGGGAAGGAGGUUGUUGGCCAAGAUCUCGCGAUACAUGGCCCCAUUCAUCCUCUCCUCAAUAUGGUGCAGUCGUCCUGUCCCCUUUGCAGAUAAGCAUCCCCAAAGAAUGAUGUUUCCACCUCCAUGCUUCACGGUUGGGAUGGUGUUCUUGGGGUUGUACUCAUCCUUCUUCUUCCUGCAAACACGGUGAGUGGAGUUUAGACCAAAAAGCUCUAUUUUUGUCUCAUCAGACCACAUGACCUUCUCCCAUUCCUCCUCUGGAUCAUCCAGAUGGUCAUUGGCAAACUUCAGACGGGCCUGGACGUGCGCUGGCUUGAGCAGGGGGACCUUGUGUGUGCUGCAGGAUUUUAGUCCAUGACGGCGUAGUGUGUUACUAAUGGUUUUCUUUGAGACUGUGGUCCCAGCUCUCUUCAGGUCAUUGACCAGGUCCUGCCGUGUAGUUUUGGGCUGAUCCCUCACCUUCCUCAUGAUCAUUGAUGCCCCACCAGGUGAGAUCUUGCAUGGAGCCCCAGACCGAGGGUGAUUGACCGUCAUCUUGAAUUUCUUCCAUUUUCUAAUAAUUGCGCCAACAAUUGUUGCCUUCUCACCAAGCUGCUUGCCUAUUGUCCUGUAGCCCAUCCCAGCCUUGUGCAGGUCUACAAUUUUAUCCCUGAUGUCCUUACACAGCUCUCUGGUCUUGGCCAUUGUGGAGAGGUUGGAGUCUGUUUGAUUGAGUGUGUGGACAGGGGUCUUUUAUACAGGUAACGAGUUCAAACAGGUGCAGUUAAUAUAGGUAAUGAGUGGAGAACAGGAGGGCUUCUUAAAGAAAAACUAACAGGUCUGUGAGAGCCGGAAUUAUUACUGGUUGGUAGGUGAUCAAAUACUUAUGUCAUGCAAUAAAAUGCAAAUUAAUUACUUAAAAAUCAUACAAUGGGAUUUUCUGGAUUUUUGUUUUAGAUUCCGUCUCUCACAGUUGAAGUGUACCUAUGAUAAAAAAUUACAGACCUCUACAUGCUUUGUAAGUAGGAAAACCUGCAAAAUCGGCAGUGUAUCAAAUACUUGUUCUCCCCACUACAUAUAUAUAUAUAUAUAAAACAUGGGGGAUUGGAAGUGAUGCAGACAAUUACAUUGAUGAAAGUUACAAUCUAUCUGCAAUAUUAAGCUGAUCUAACCCCCCCCCCCCCCCCCCAAAAAAAAAAGAUUAAAAAAAUUAAAUGCUAACCCAGUCACAUCAAACUCUGAAAUGACAGCUAACAUACACUUUUAAUUUGUUUCAGCUAUUUCACAUUGACAUUUAUAUCGAUAUGAAUGAUGCUGCUGCAUGAUUUCGCCUGGUGAGAAAAAUGGCUAGCAGACGUCUAACACCGCUCUCUUUGGUGGGGGAAGAUCUAAUUCAUAUUUUGCAACAUUGUUGCUGAGGUUUGAGUGGCAAACAGCAAGGUUCAUAUAAACCUGUGCUGUUGCAAACUAAAUGCUAGCUGGAAGCAAGAGGAAAUACUGUGUUUAAUAAAAGCAUGCACUCUUAGAUAAAAACCUUUUCUAGCAUGGCGAGCUACGAUUUAUUUUCUAGCUUUCAAAUAGGUACAUUCUUCUCUUCUCCUCUCCCCUGCAACUCUUCGCCGCUGUCCUUAGUGUACAAGAGAAAGUAGUGCAAUAUGUUUUCUGUCAAUAUAUCUGGUAAAAUAAUGGUUCAGAAACAACUCUAAGGGGGGCCCUAUAAAAUCUGAUUUCCCCCUCACCAAAUUAUGUUUUAUAUUUUCCCGUUUAUGUUCUAGGUUUAAUUGUUCCUGGUUUUAGAUUUUUUGUGUUUUUCACUCUUAAAAUUACAAUCAUUCAUAGAGAAACAACGAAAUUGGAUGUUCUAAGUCCAUGUCAAUGCUUAAAUCACAUCAGAAUACAUUUUUUUUUUUAGGUCUGGAAGAAGGUCUGGAACAAAUGUAGAUUUUUUAGAGUAAUUCCCCUUCAAUUGCGCAUCUGGCCCUUUAAUUGUGCAUCUAGCAAGUGAGGAAUGUUCAUCUAUUGUGCCGGUCUAGUGAUGGUUCUGUACUAAUGCUGCUCAUUUCAUGGCAAAGUUUGCAAAUAAUAGAUACAAAUUAUAUACUUACUCAUGAUAUAUUUCUGCCAGGUAAGCCUACUUUUUUGUUAACAUUUAAUUGUUUUUGGGGAAAGUAUUUCUGUCCACCCACAAGAUGGUUAUCACAUCAACUGGCUACACACAGAGGGAUAGACAAAUGAACGCACCACACAGAUGGGUAAUAUUGCUGGAAAUUAAUUGGCAUAUACAGUGAGGGAAAAAAGUAUUUGAUCCCCUGCUGAUUUUGUACAUUUGCCCACUGACAAAGAAAUGAUCAGUCUAUAAUUUUAAUGGUAUGUUUAUUUGAACAGUGAGAGACAGAAUAACAACAAAAAAAUCCAGAAAAACGCAUGUCAAAAAUGUUAUGAAUUGAUUUGCAUUUUAAUGACUGAAAUAAGUAUUUGACCCCUCUGCAAAACAUGACUUAGUACUUGGUGGCAAAACCCUUGUUGGCAAUCACAGAGGUCAGACGUUUAUUGUAGUUGGCCACCAGGUUUGCACACAUCUCAGGAGGGAUUUUGCCCCAUUCCUCUUUGCAGAUCUUCUCCAAGUCAUUAAGGUUUCGAGGCUGACGUUUGGCAACUCGAACCUUCAGCUCCCUCCCCAGAUGUUCUAUGGGAUUAAGGUCUGGAGACUGGCUAGGCCACUCCAGGACCUUAAUGUGCUUCUUCUUGAGCCACUCCUUUGUUGCCUUGGCCGUGUGUUUUGGGUCAUUGUCAUGCUGGAAUACCCAUCCACGACCCGUUUUCAAUGCCCUGGCUGAGGGAAGGAGGUUCUCACCUAAGAUUUGACGGUACAUGGCCCCAUCCAUCGUCCCUUUGAUGCGGUGAAGUUGUCCUGUCCCCUUAGCAGAAAAACACCCCCAAAGCAUAAUGUUUCCACCUCCAUGUUUGACGGAGGGGAUGGUGUUCUUGGGGUCAUAGGCAGCAUUCCUCCUCCUCCAAACACAGCGAGUUGAGUUGAUGCCAAAGAGCUCCAUUUUGGUCUCAUCUGACUACAACACUUUCACACUUUCACACAGUUCUCCUCUGAAUCAUUCAGAUGUUCAUUGGCAAACUUCAGACGGGCAUGUAUAUGUGCUUUCUUGAGCAGGGGGACCUUGCGGGCGCUGCAGGAUUUCAGUCCUUCACAGCGUAGUGUGUUACCAAUUGUUUUCUUGGUGACUAUGGUCCCAGCUGCCUUGAGAUCAUUGACAAGAUCCUCCCGUGUAGUUCUGGGCUGAUUCCUCACCGUUCUCAUGAUCAUUGCAACUCCACGAGGUGAGAUCUUGCAUGGAGCCCCAGGCCGAGGGAGAUUGACAUUUCUUUUGUGUUUCUUCCAUUUGCGAAUAAUCACACCAACUGUUGUCACCUUCUCACCAAGCUGCUUGGCGAUGGUCUUAUAGCCCAUUCCAGCCAUGUGUAGGUCUACAAUCUUGUCCAUGACAUCCUUGGAGAGCUCUUUGGUCUUGGCCAUUGUGGAGAGUUUGGAAUCUGAUUGAUUGAUUGCUUCUGUGGACAGGUGUCUUUUAUACAGUUAACAAACUGAGAUUAGGAGCACUCCCUUUAAGAGUGUGCUCCUAAUCUCAGCUCCUUACCUGUAUAAAAGACACCUGGGAGCCAGAAAUCUUUCUGAUUGAGAGGGGGUCAAAUACUUAUUAAAAUGGAAAUCAAUUUAUAACAUUUUUGACAUGCGUUGUUCUGGAUUUUUGUUUUGUUAUUCUGUCUCUCACUGUUCAAAUAAACCUACCAUUAAAAUUAUAGACUGAUCAUUUCUUUGUCAGUGGGCAAAUCAAAUACUUUUUUCCCUCACUGUAUUAUGGUAGAUUUGGCUAUUUAAGCCAAUAGUGGCUAACCAGGGGUAGGAUAUUGUCAAUGUUAAGUUGAUAGAGCCCUAUCAUAAUACCCAUAAAACCUAGCUGUCAAACAGGGAAAUGGUUCCAAUCGUUUUUCCACCAUUCAUUUUUCCCAAAGGGGAUUUUAGAAACACUUAAAAUAAGGGCUGUGUUUCUUGUAGGCUUACCCUGGCAUGACGUUUUGAUAACCAUGUAAAUCUCUCUCGGACAAGGUGACUUUUAUCAAUAUAUUCAGCUCUAUUUACUCUCAGAUUCGAAAAUGCUAAUUAGCAUCAACGUAGAUAUAAUGCAAGACUACAAAUCCCUGCAAGCUCCUGCACGUCAUCUCUAGCUGACACGUUUGCUAACAGGUAUUGUGUCAAUUUCAAACUUGCGCAAGAGAGUUCACAGAAUUGUCCAUUUAAAGAAAUGUAGCCAAUUUAUGUAUUACUACAUUUAGCUAACAUUAGAUAGUUAAUCCAGAGAUUCUUACCUUUGCCUCUAUUCGGCGGUCUUGUCCAGAUCAUCAUGGCAUUUGUAGUUCUUUAUGAUAGCCACAUUAGCUGCUAAUUAGUAAAUACAGGCGAAUAUAUUGAUAAAAGUCACCUUGUCCUAGAGAGAUUUACACAGUUAUUAAAACAUCAGGCCAGGGUAAGACUACACAAAACACAGCCCUUAUUUUAAGUGUUUCUAAAAAAAAAUAUGGGAAAAAAAUAUGGUGGAAAAACAAUUGGAACCAUUUUGACCGGUAGGUUUUACGAGUAUUAUGACUCAUACUGUGGUACUCUAUUACAUGGUAGCUGGGAGCUUGCGGUGUCUGAUACGUGUGAGAUUUGUUUAUGACUGUUUGCGGUGGAACACAUGAAAGUAGCAUGUACUUUAAGAAUUGUUUGGCCAGCUACUCAUAGGAGGGCUGCGAGCUACUGGUAUCUCGUGAUCGACCUGUUGGAGACCCCUGAUAUAGAACCUUUUGGUCAAUUCAAAAUGUAACUGCCAUUCUGAUAAAUAAAAAACCCAACAUGACCAGCAUGACCACGCAACAGGAUGGUUGUUGAACCAACUUGCAAGCAGCCUACCAAUAAGCACGUUAUUUUUCAAUGUAUUAAGGUAAGCAAAGUUCAUUAUUUAAUUCAAAUAUAUAAAGCCAAAGUCAUAGUUGUAAAGAAGUCAGCCAGUGUUGACAUAGGCCAUCGUUCAAAUAAAGAGAUCCCUCCAUGGUCACCAAGUUUCAAAUGUGUAAUGUCAUGUGCGCAAGUACAGUGAAAUGCCUUUCUUGCAAGCUCUUAUCCCAACAAUGCAGCAAUCAAUCUCAAUAUAGUACUAUAAAGUAAAGUAGAACAAAAACACAAGAAAUAGAAAUAAGAAACAUGACAAAGUAAGCUAUAUAUCACUGCAUAUUUCCAAAUACGUUUGCAUAUAAUGACAAUACAUUCUAAAAACGAUUCUGGUAUUCUUUUGUCUAUUGUUUAAUUGUUUAUUAAAUUAUAUUCGUAGCUAAAAAAUAAUUACUAUUUAAUUAAUAGUAGUAGCUAUAUGGUCGGGUGGGGCUGCUGAGAAUGUGCUGAGAAUAUUUUUUUGUCGACCCCCUAAUUUAUCAGCACCCCUACUUCACGAGGCUAUGAGUAGCCAUAAUUCAUAAAUGGCACCAUGCAGGGUUCCAUACCAUUUUGGUUCAGUGAAGAAGAACCUAUAGCGUUCUGAUCUAAGAACCUCUAGGGUUCUGAUCAAAGAACCCUAUAAAAGCAUUCUAUAUAGAACUUUUAGGGGUUCCAUAUAUGAAGCAAGCGAUAGAACCCUUUUUGGUUCUAUAAGGAACCUAUUUUUCUAAGAGUGUAGUUAUCCCAGGUAUGAUUUCAGAUCCUAUAUAAAGCUGAUUAAUGUUUCUUGGAUGAGUCUUGAUGUGUGUGUCCAUGCCUUUUGUACAGGAAUCUGUAGACAGAACAGCGUCCAACAGUGGCUUAGAAGUCAUGAGUGAGUAUUAGGAAGUCUACUUACAUAUGACAAAUGUUUUACUUAUCAUAUCCACCAAUACCUACACAGUGGACUUGGAAUUAAUAGAGUUGUAUUUUUUAUUUUAUUGAACAGAGUUAAUUUGCAGAUACAGUUGAAGUCGGAAGUUUACAUACACUUAGGUUGGAGUCAUUAAAACUCGUUUUUCAACCACUCCACAAAUGUUUUGUUAACAAACUAUAGUUUUGGCAAGUUGGUUAGGACAUCUACUUUGUGUAUGACACAAGUAAUUUUUCCAACAAUUGUUUACAGACAGAUUAUUUCAUUUAUAAUUCACUGUAUCACAAUUCCAGUGGGUCAGAAGUUUACAUACACUAAGUUGACUGUGCCUUUAAACAGCUUGGAAAAUUCCAGAAAAUGAUGUCAUGGCUUUAGAAGCUUCUGAUAGGCUAAUUGACAUUGUUUGAGUCAAUUGGAGGUGUACCUGUGGAUGUAUUUCAAGGCCUACCUUCAAACUCAGUGCCUCUUUGCUUGACAUCAUGGGAAAAUUAAAAGAAAUCAGCCAAGACCUCAGGAAAAAAAAAUUGUAGACCUCCACAAGUCUGGUUCAUCCUUGGGAGCAAUUUCCAAACGCCUGAAGGUACAACCUUCAUCGGUACAAACAAUAGUACACAAGUAUAAACACCAUGGGACCACGCAGCCGUCAUACUGCUUAGGAAGGAGACGCGUUCUGUCUCCUAGAGAUGAAUGUACUUUGGUGCGAAAAGUGCAAAUCAAUCCCAGACAACAGCAAAGGACCUUGUGAAGAUGCUGGAGGAAACAGCUACAAACGUAUCUAUAGCCACAGUAAAACAAGUCCUAUAUCGACAUAACCUGAAAGGCCGCUCAGCAAGGAAGAAGCCACUGCUCCAAAACCGCCAUAAAAAAGCCAGACUACGGUUUGCAACUGCACAUGGGGACAAAUAUCGUACUUUUUGGAGAAAUGUCCUCUGGUCUGAUGAAACAAAAAUAGAACGGUUUGGCCAUAAUGACCAUCGUUAUGUUUGGAGGAAAAAGGGGGUUGCUUGCAAGCCGAAGAACACCAUCCCAACCGUGAAGCACGAGGGUGGCAGCAUCAGGCUGUGAGGGUGCUUUGCUGCAGGAGGGACUGGUGCACUUCACAAAAUAGAUGGCAUCAUGAAGAAGGAAAAUGAUGUGGAUAUAUUGAAGCAACAUCUCAAGAUAUCAGUCAGGAAGUUAAAGCUUGGUCGCAAAUGGGUCUUCCAAAUGGACAAGGACCCCAAACAUACUUCCAAAGUUGUGGCAAAAUGGCUUAAGGACAACAAAGUCAAGGUAUUGGAGUGGCCAUCACAAAGCCCUGACCUCAAUCCUAUAGAAAAUGUGUGGGCAGAACUGAAAAAGCGUGUGCGAGCAAGGAGGCCUAAAAACCUGACUCAGUUACACCAGCUCUGUCAGGAGGAAUGGGCCAAGAUUCACCCAACUUAUUGUUUGAAGCUACCCGAAAUGUUUAACCUAAGUAAAAAAAUGUAAAGGCAGUGUUACCAAAUACUAAUUGAGUGUAUGUAAACUUCUGACCCACUGUGAAUGUGAUGAAAGAAAUAAAAGCUGAAAUAAAUAGUUCUCUACUAUUCUUCUGACAUUUCACAUUCUUAAAAUAAAGUGGUGAUCCUAACUGACCUAAGACAGGGCAUUCUUACUAGGAUUAAAUGUCAGGAAUUGUGAAAAACUGAGUUUAAAUGUAUUUGGCUACGGUGUAUGUAAACUUCAGACUUCAACUGUACCUUAUUGGGAUUUCAUACCUCACUCUAUUGUUUAGCCUUGCCUGUUUAUUUUCCACAUCUUUGUGUGCUGUUUGGGUUGGUGUGAGCUUCCCGACUACCCCUGCUAAAAGCGCUUGACAUUUACUUGCAGGGCGGAUGCAAAACCAGACCACACCAGAGAAGCUGCAGCAGGUAUGGCACAUAGACAUUUACUUUGAUUUACUGGAGUUUAAUACCAAGAAUGUUCAUCUAAAAAUGUUUGAGUAAUUUCUCAUGAAUCAUUUAUUGUUAGUGCUGGUAGUAGUUAUAUCUACAGUGUAGUUGUGUAUUACUGUUAUUUUGGUGACACUUCAGCUUAACACAUUGAAGUACAUUCAAUAUUAGCCAUAGACCAGUAGUUACUGAAAGAUGUUUGGAUUUAAGUCAAGUUUAAACUUGAGCAUGACAUACUAACAGUUGAGCUAGAUUGAAACUGUUGGAAAAUGUGAGUGUAAGAAAUGUUACACUACAAUACACUACAAGUCAUUACAAAACCAAUCAACUCAUCCUGUAAUGUAAAGGUUAAAAUUGAAUCCUUAGUAUAACAGAUAUGAUAUAUGGAAAUGUAUUUGUAUACAUAACCUGGAAUUCUCAUAUUCACCAUAUACGGGUGUUGUCUCUGGGUAAUGAGGAGGCUGUGUCGCUAGAAAGGCAGAGGCGCAGCAAGGCAGAUAGAUUCAAACGACAUGCAAACUAGGCCCGUGAAAACCAUGGGAACGACAACUUAUAACUCUGUGCUGUAACCAACCAGCCCCUAAACAUCCAUUAAAUGUCCCUGACUGUUGGUCUUAGCCAUCACGGGUUUAUUAUGUCACAGAAAACAAGACUGCUGUUGUUGAUUCCUCUAUCACUUUCUUCUUCUGAGGUAGUUUUUAUCUGUUAGAAGCUGAGUACAAACAGGAGCCUCUUUUGUCAGACUUGGUAUUUCAAGAGUCAGGUGGUGACGGUUGCUAAUGAUAUUUAUCUCGUUCCAUGUUUGUACUCUGUCUAAUCUCCAUUUUACAGUAAGGGUGUGUCCCAAAUGGAACCCUAUUUCCUAAGGGACCUAGUCAAAAGUAUACUGAACAAAAAUAUAACUGCAACAUGCAACAAUUUCAACGAUUCUACUGCGUUACAGUUCAUAUAAGGAAAUCAGUCAAUUGAAAUAAAUAAAUUAGGCCCUAAUCUAUGGAUUUCACAUGACUUGGCAGGGGCGCAGCCAUGGGUGGGCCUGGGAGGGCAUAGGCCCACCCACUUGGGAGCCAGGCCCAGCCAAUCAAAAUGAGUUCUUCCCCACAAAAGGGCUUUAUUACAGACAGAAAUAAUCCUCAGCUUCUGGGUGGCUGGUCUCAGACGAUCAAGGAGGUGAAGAAGCCGGAUGUGGAGGUCCUGGGCUGGCACGGUUACAUGUGGUCUGCGGUUGUGAGGCCAGUUGGACAUACUGCCAAACUCUCUAAAACGACGUUGGAGGUGGCUUACAGCUCUGGUGGACAUUCCUGCUGUCAGCAUGCCAAUUGCACACUCCCUCAAAACUUAAGACAUCUGUGGCAUUGUGUUGUGUGACAAAACAGCACAUUUUAGAGUGGCCUUUUAUUGUCCCCCGCACAAGGUGCACCUGUGUAAUGAUCAUUCUGUUUAAUCAGCUUCUUGAUAUGCCACACAUGUGAGGUGGAUGGAUUAUCUUGGCAAAGGAGAAAUGCUCACUAACAGGGAUGUAAACAAAUUUGUGCACAACAUUUUAGAGAAAUAAGCUUUUUGUGCAUAUGGAACUGUCACGAUCGAGGUAAGGAGUAGACCAAGGUGCAGCGUGAGAAACAAACAUGACUUUAAUUAGUUAAAGUUUCUAAACAAAACAAAACACGACUCGUGAAGUCCACGGUGACAAUGACCGAACAUGGAACAAAAACCCACAAACCCAAAGUGAAACACAGACAGUUAAAUAUGGCUCCCAAUCAGAGACAACCAGCAAACAGCUGACACUCGUUGCCUCUGAUUGGGAGUCACUCAGUCAAACAUAGAAAAUGACGAACUAGAACACCCAACAUAGAAACAGAACACAUAGAAUGAACACACCCUGGCUCAACAUAAUGAGUCCCAGAGCCAGGGUGUGACAGUACCCCCCCCUAAAGGCGCGGACUGCGACCGCGCCUCAACUAAACAAAACAGGGGAGGGCUGGGCGGGCAUACCUCCUCGGCGGCGGUUCUGGCUCCGGCCUUGACCACCACCCUCCAAUACACCCCCCAUAGUGCCCCUGGUCCAGUCUGUCGACUUGCACCCCUGGCUUGGUGCGUGGAGGAGGAACGGGCCUUACCAGGCUGACUUCUCGCACCCCUGGCUUAGUGCGAGUGGCAGGAACAGGCCGGACCGGGCUGGCGACGCGCACCGUAGGUUUGGUGCGAGUGGCAGGAACAGGCCGGGUCGGGCUGGCGACGCGCACCGUAGACUUGGUGCGGGUGGCAGGAACAGACCGGGUUGGGCUGGCAACGCGCACCGUAGACUUGGUGCGGGUGGCAGGAACAGGCCGGACCGGGCUGGCGACGCGCACCGUAGGUUUAGUGCGUGGAGCAGGGACAGGCCGGGCUGGGCUGUCGACGCACACCGUAGGCUUGGUGCGUGGAGCAGGGACAGGCCGGGCUGGGCUGUCGACGCACACCGUAGGCUUGGUGCGGGUGGCAGGAACAGGCCGGGCUGGGCUGUCGACGCACACCGUAGGCUUGGUGCGUGGAGCAGGGACAGGCCGGACCGGGCUGGCGACGCACACCGUAGGCUUGGUGCGUGGAGCAGGAACAGGCCGGGCUGGGCUGUCGACGCACACCGUAGGCUUGGUGCGGGUGGCAGGAACAGGCCGGGCUGGGCUGUCGACGCACACCGUAGGCUUGGUGCGUGGAGCAGGGACAGGCCGGACCGGGCUGGCGACGGACACCGUAGGCUUGGUGCGUGGAGCAGGGACAGGCCGGACUGGGCUGGCGACGCACACCGUAGGCUUGGUGCGUGGAGCAGGGACAGGCCGGGCUGGGCUGUCGACGCACACCGUAGGCUUGGUGCGGGUGGCAGGAACAGGCCGGGCUGGGCUGUCGACGCACACCGUAGGCUUGGUGCGUGGAGCAGGGACAGGCCGGACCGGGCUGGCGACGCACACCGUAGGCUUGGUGCGUGGAGCAGGAACAGGCCGGGCUGGGCUGUCGACGCACACCGUAGGCUUGGUGCGGGUGGCAGGAACAGGCCGGGCUGGGCUGUCGACGCACACCGUAGGCUUGGUGCGUGGAGCAGGGACAGGCCGGACCGGGCUGGCGACGGACACCGUAGGCUUGGUGCGUGGAGCAGGGACAGGCCGGACUGGGCUGGCGACGCACACCGUAGGCUUGGUGCGUGGAGCAGGGACAGGCCGGACUGGGCUGGCGACGCACACCGUAGGCUUGGUGCGUGGAGCAGGGACAGGCCGAACCGGGCUGUGGAGACGGAUAGGAGGCCUGGAGUGAAUAGCGGCCACCACCCUGUCCUGGCUGAAUGCCUACCCUCACACACUCUGUGUGAGGCAUCCGCACAGGACGUACAGGGCGGUGUACCCCUGGCCUGGUGGCCUUCUGGAUCCGCCCCCUUUUCUCCUCCGUCAGCCCCGUCGUCCAUGCCGUGUGCCCCCCCCUAAAAAUUUCUGGGGUUGCCUCACGACCGUCCGACGACGACCCUGAUCACGCCGUAGCUCCUCUCUACGGCGCGCCUCCACCGUCUCACUCCAUGGCCGGCGAUCCAUCCCGGCCAGGAUUUCCUCCCAGGUCCAGGACCCCUGCCCGUCCAAGAUCUGCUCCCACGUCCAGGCUGCCUGCUCCUGGACACGCUGCUUGGUCUUGGUAUGGUGGGUUUUUCUGUCACGAUCGAGGUAAGGAGUAGACCAAGGCGCAGCGUGAGAAACAAACAUGACUUUAAUUAGUUAAAGUUUCUAAACAAAACAAAACACGACUCGUGAAGUCCACGGUGACAAUGACCGAACACGGAACAAAAACCCACAAACCCAAAGUGAAACACAGACAGUUAAAUAUGGCUCCCAAUCAGAGACAACCAGCAAACAGCUGACACUCGUUGCCUCUGAUUGGGAGUCACUCAGUCAAACAUAGAAAAUGACGAACUAGAACACCCAACAUAGAAACAGAACACAUAGAAUGAACACACCCUGGCUCAACAUAAUGAGUCCCAGAGCCAGGGUGUGACAGGAACAUUUCUGGGAUCUUUUAUUUCAGUUCAUGAAACAUGGGACCAACACUUUACAUGUUGUGUUUAUAUUUUUGUUCAGUGUAGUAUAUAGUAUAGUACGCUGUAUUGUGGUGUUUUCUCUGAAUCUCUUCUAUAUUUCUGUUUAAAACAUUACAGGGCUUCUAAAGAGGAACGCCAGCAGUGAGGAUGACUUAGCGUUGGGCGUCGAAGGUAAAUAGAUCUUUCAUCUUGUAGUCGUUGUUUUUAGGGUGACAUGAACACCAGGUAGCGCCGAGGAACGAGGAGUAAGUUAAAAACAGGUUCUGUGGUUUUAAAACAUCACAAUGAUUAAUCCACUGUGUGCUCAGAGGAACAUUUGAGCUGUCUGAGAGUGGGUACACAAUGAGAAGAAUGUUGCUGAGGGCUGGUGUAUUUAUGCAAGGGGGUAAAAUAUUGGCAGAGGAGAGAUGGUGUCUGUACUUCUUGCUAAUAUCAGGGCUGAGCACCCAGAAGUAGACAGAGGUAGGGACAGUUAAGACCAGGAUGAAAGUCUCAGAGAGACAGGGAGAAGACCAUACCAGACAUGGGUUCAAAUAGUGUUUGAAAUCUUUCAAAAUACUUUGAGCGUUUGCUCUAGCCUGCCUGGAAUGCCAGGUGGUCUGGGUUUGGGACUGUUUUAUUGGUUCAUUAAGACAGGCAAGUGCAAUCAAGCACCGGAUAAAGUAUUUGAAAUGAUUAACUAGUAUUUGAACCCAGGUCUGGACAAUACACACCUCCAGGCAGAUCACCCUAAACAUGGCUAAGGAAAAUCGCGGCGCUUAGCUUUGGCAAACACCACAGCAAAUCUUAUACAAACACAGCUAGGAUCUGAUGCUCACCAGUCCUCACUGACACCUACUGGGGUCUGUGUGUGAGAGUGAGUGUCUGUAUCCAUGUACAGGAGCAUUACUUCCACAUUAUCCCUUCUUAGUCAUCACUUAGGCCAGCCUUAGAAUCUAAUAAAAUUGAAGUAAGACAGUAAAGGAAGAGAAGAAAGUGUAGCAGCAGGGAGAAGCAGAAGGAGACAGGAUGUCUUAGAAGGGACAGCCGAGGACAUUUGGCAUGAGCCACUGUGUUCUCCUCAGAGAGCACAGGGAGAACCAGUCCUUACAGAGAGGACAGGGGGUCAAUUCCAGACACUGGCCCAAGGAGAGACUGGUCAAGGCUGUCCACUAUCUCCUCCCAGGACCGGCUACUCAAGAUAUAAAAGGGAUUGGCUACUUAGAAAGGCCAGUCAACCAAAAGGGACUGCUGCCCCAAACCCUAAAGAAAGAUUGACCACCCCGCAGACUCCUCUAUCUCCUCCAAGGUACUGCCAGGAUACUCAACAGAAAGGUAAGUCAACUGAAAAGAAUGCUACCCCAAACUCAGAUGUUAGAUGGGGAUAUACAGUUCAGCACCUCUUGGCCUUGAAAAGCACCACCUUAUCUGUGGAUCAGGAGACCUGGUUAUGCAACACCAAAUGACAUGGCACUUUAGGGAGUCAGCUCAGAACAGAACAGAACACAAUGGAACGGAAUGACAUGCAUCAUCACCAACUUUCCAAACGCUCCUUUUAGAACUCCUCUUCAGAUGGAAGAACUUUGCGGAACGAGACCUGAUAGAAAAUGAUAAGAGUUGGAUGUUGGAAUCUUGGAGACGUUCUUGGACAAAAAAAAGUCCUGUGUAAUAAAAUAAAAUAACGCUUCGGCCGGCAGCACAGACCACUUUGUCCCUGUCACCAUGCCAGGGUAAAAUGGAGUCCCAACCUUGAAGUAGAGGUAGAGAGGACAGCCAAGAGAAAACAAUGACAGAAAGAACACUAAUGCCUAAUAUAGCUUCUAAACAGAGCCAUCCCAGAGACAGGAUGUGCUGAAUUAGCAGUUGUGGCUAGCAGAGACACAGUGGAUAACUAGCUCGUUGUCUUUCAUAGCAAGAUAUUCCAAAUAUUCAGCCUGGUUUGCUUUCAGAUCUAGAUAACACUUUCAUUUUGUUUUCUUUCUCUUCCUCAGCGUCUUUAUAUGGUAAACAGGGAGUGAGGACCGUCCAGGAAUUUCUGAGGUAAGGAACUUUCCCUCUCUACUGUCUAGUCGGCUGGUUGCUGUCAAACCUUUGGAGCUUUGAAAUGAACUGCAACAGAGGGUCUAUACAUGGCGAGAUUACACAUCCAUGUAUAAAUCAUGUGUCUCUCACAUUUUAUGUUAUGUUAUCCAAUAUAUAACUUGUAAAUCUGAUUACUCUGGAUAACUUACUAUGGAUAAAUGGGUUAAAAUGUGUUAUUGACCCCAUAAAAAUACAAACAUUUCUCUCAAAGUGAGGUUAGAUCAAAGAUGAAAUAUAUAUAUAUAUUUUUAGUCAUUUAGCAGACGCUCUUAUCCAGAGCGACUUACAGGAGCAAUUAGGGUUAAGUGCCUUGCUCAAGGGCACAUCGACAGAUUUUUCACCUAGUCGGCUCAGGGAUUAGAACCAGCGACCUUUCGGUUACUGGCACAACACUCUUAACCACUAAGCUACCUGCCGCCCCUAAAUAUGUUUAAACUCUGAACACCCUCACCUGGGGCUAAUUUUCUAUCACUUGUCAUUAACUGACUGGUAGUGAAGGGAGCUGGCUUGAUUGACAGAUGUUGUCAUAAGUUCUGAAUAAUGUUCACUGAUAUUUACCAUGCAAAUAGAAGAUAGAUCACCUGACCUUCACAGAAACAGAUGGGAUAUAUCCCAAAUGACACCCUAUUCCCUAUAUAGUGCACUACUUUUGACCAGGGCCCACAGGGCACUAUGUAGGGAAUACGGUGCCAUUUGGGAUGCAGCCAUGGAUGAAGGGAUUGUUUGCAUGAAACAAGAGGGAUGACAUAGUCAUAGCCAUAGAUGUGACACGGUGAGGAGGAGGAGAAGAAUAUGAGGAGAUUAGGGUUGUGUAGUGUACAGUAGAGCCAACUCUAAACAGGGUUUAGAUUAAGGAAUUUGUUUGUGGAGAUGAUAGGGAGAGCAGUGGGAUUUGAUUAUUGUUCCAUUCUGGUAUGGUGCAUUGUAGUAUUAUGCAGAAAAGCGUUCUAUCAUGGCUUUGUCUGUAGAAGGAUGAGUGGCUAGUUUAUAGGGAGACACGAGAAUCCGAGACUGUUUGCAGCAGUGUUCUGUCAUGUCUUCACCUUUGGAAGAAUAAACUGCUAAAGGAACACAUAGCUAAGAUAUGAGUCUAGAUUCAGAGACUGUUGGGGAGAAGUGUUCCUUCUUUGAUCAUGUCUGUGUCUCCGUCAUGCUCCAGGAGUUCCAGGUCCAGCCCAGUUCUCACCAGGUGGAACAGCCUGACCUCAGCCUUCUCAGCACAGUCAGCUCCACUCAGGUUAGUUAUGUUACCAACUCCAGGCAGUCUUUGGUUAACCAGUAUUUAUCCUAAUUGAAGUGGUGAGGAUCUGAGGCUGAAUUGCAAUUGCAACAUACUAUACAGUAACUGGCAUGCGUGCGUGUGUGUUUGUGUCUGGAAGCACAUGUGCAUGUGUAUUUAUAUGAAUAUGUGAGUGUGUGCGUUUGUGUGUGUUAUCCCAGUGUAAUGGAUGUGCUGAACCUGUGGAGUGACGACCCAGAGGAGGUCCUACUAGAUCUGGGCUUCGGCUGUGACGAGCCUGA